GGCAACUACGCGGAGCGGGUGGGCGCCGGCGCCCCGGUGUACCUGGCGGCCGUGCUGGAGUACCUGACGGCCGAGAUCCUGGAGCUGGCGGGCAACGCGGCCCGCGACAACAAGAAGACGCGCAUCAUCCCCCGCCACCUGCAGCUCGCCAUCCGCAACGACGAGGAGCUCAACAAGCUGCUGGGCAAGGUGACCAUCGCGCAGGGCGGGGUGCUGCCCAACAUCCAGGCCGUGCUGCUG